CUGUCGCCAGCCGCCUGUGGCUCUCGGGACGGGUUGGUUUGCAACUAGGCCGGGGCGCGGCCUCACGUGGUCCUGGCCGGACUCGGGGCCGGUGGGCCUCAGGGGACGGCGCGGACGUUGAGCGUCCUCUGGACGCCUCAGCUGCACACUGCCCCAUUGGCAGACAGCCUCCAGAGCUGUUCUUACCCCAACCUGUGAGCUGGCUGACAUGGUGGCAGGGGAAGUCCCCGAGUCUACUCAGUGUCCAUCUCUCACCAGCCUGAAUACCAAGGAUGUGGUUCGGAGAAGACACAAGAGGAGAAGCCGGCAGCACCAGCGAUUCAUGGCCCGCAAGGCCUUGCUUCAGGAGCAGGAGCUGUUGAGCACGGCACCAGGGCCAGGUCUCUGCCUUCUGCCUUCACCAUCACAGAUGCCAGCGGUCACAGAGGCUUCGGACAGCAGGAGGCAACGUCCCAAGGCCAGGUCCGGCAGCAAUGGCCUGUGCAGCAAAAAGUCUGUCCCCAGAGAAGCUCCAAGACCUGGGCCCAUCAAGUGUGUGGCCAUUGACUGUGAGAUGGUGGGUACGGGCCCCCAAGGACGGGUGAGCGAGCUAGCCCGCUGCUCUGUGGUGAGCUACAGUGGUGACGUUCUCUAUGACAAAUACAUCCGGCCUGAAAUGCCCAUUGUGGACUAUCGCACCCGCUGGAGUGGCAUCACCCGCCAGCACAUGCACAAGGCUAUCCCCUUUCAGGUGGCCCAGAAGGAGAUCCUUAAGCUGUUGAAGGGCAAGGUGGUGGUGGGGCACGCACUGCACAAUGACUUCCAGGCCCUGAAGUACGUCCACCCUCGGAGCCAGACCCGGGAUACCACUUAUGUCCCAAACCUGCUCAGCCAGCCCAGCUCCCUUAUCCGAACUCGGGUCUCUCUUAAGGACCUGGCCUUGAACCUGCUGCACAAGAAGAUCCAGGUCGGUCACCAGGGCCACUCAUCUGUGGAAGAUGCCAUGACAGCCAUGGAGUUGUACCAGCUGGUGGAGGUGCAGUGGGAGCAGCAAGUGGCCAGCUCUGCCCAGGCCCCUGCUGAGGACAGGGGGCCCGACAGCAGCACUGACGUGGAGCAGUACAUGGACGACCAGUACUGGCCCGAGGACCUGACCCAGAGCACCGGGGCCGAGACAAAUGGAGGCCCAGAUAGACAGGAGGGAGAGGAAGGGCAGGGAGCCAGGAGUGCUCCUCCCUAGUCACGGGGUAGGAUUGGAGUUCUAAGGCAGUGUUUCUCAAAACCUGAGGGUCAGGACUCCUUUAUGGGUUUAAAGCUUUUCACAGGGGUCGCCUAAGACCAUCGGAAGACACAGCUGUGUACGUUAUGAUUCAUAACUAGCAAAAUUAGAGUUAUGAAGUAGCAACAGAAAUAAUUUUAUUUUUUGGGGGGGGUCUCCACAGCAUGAGGAACUGUAAUAAAGGGUUGCAGCAUUAGGAAGGUGGAAAGCCACUGGUCUGGGGUAACUUAAGGGCACUGGUAGGCAAAGGCUCAGGUCACACCACCCUCUGACAGUCUCAUCAUUCCUGACACUUAACAUGGAGACACUAGACAAGCCUGUGGCUUUCCCAGUGUAAAGUGGGAAGAGUGGCAGAGCCUACCUCAUGGGGUGUGUCUUAGCACUCUGAGUGUAUCCUAGUGAUAAACAGGAUGGGGCUCUGUUCAGGCCUGGUUUCUGAGCAGCUAUUGCUCAGGUAGGUCUCUUGGCUUUUCCAUCGGAUGAGGUGGGGCCCAGGGCAAGGGUAUUGCAGGGGAGUUCAGAGGUCUUGCUGCCAGCUUCUAUCUCCACAUCAGCCUCCUGACACUGCAUUUGGAAACGUGACAACAGUAAUCCAGGUCAGAAAUGAAGGGAUGCUACUGAGACCACACUUCCCACUGUCCACUGAUUACAGAAAGCGUUAGUUAGUCACGGAUUGUUUGAUUUCUGGCUCCUCCCUGCCAGGGAAAGGGGGCUGGCCAAAUCAUCACCACUACUUCUGGCCUGGCACCAGGGUGAGCUCUUGUUUCCUUAAAAAGCAGCCACUUGCGCCAGCCUUGAUACUGGGCAGUAGCAUUGGUGGGUUGAAGGGUGAAAGAACUGUAAGCUGGGAGAGGCUUACUGGGAGAAGUCAGCUUGCUCAUAGUACCAGACCAUCGGCAUAGGAAUAAAGUGCAUCUGGAAAAGUGAGUGAACUGGUCCUUUCUGGAUGCUCAAGCUGGGCUGAAGGUGUGUGAGGCCAGGGAAGGCCCAGGGCUCUGAGCCUUGCUGGAUGCUCGUCUUGAGAUGCAUUUCAAGAUGGUACACGUUAGCUCUACAGCAGUUUCUGACUUCAGUUGGAGUUGGCUAUUACACAGCACACUGUUUGAUUUGGUCUCUCCCCAAAGCUAGGCUUUCACAUUAGAAAGUGUUUGGUUUUUUGCCAUUGAAACAUAAUCUCAUGGUAGAGUCCAGCUUCUGUAACUCCUUAUGGAACUCAGGCGAUCCUCCUGCCUUAGCCCACCCAGGGUUGGCAUUGUGAGCAUAUACUGUCUUUCCUGUAAGACUGCCCUUUAGGACUAAGUCCUUUGUGUAUAAUGUUAGUCACACGUUCGGUCACUUCCUCUCUUGCUAUUGUGAAUAAGAUAGCCGUAUAUAUGGUAUGCAGAUAUGUUACCCUGUUUUCAAGUCCUUUACCCAGGAGGGGAAUUGUUGGGCAGGGAGUGUGGCGUCAUCUGGAAAAGGAGCCUGACAGGAUCCGAGGGUAAAGCUGCUGUUCCCUAACUAAAAGGCUAGACCUAUAUUUGCAUAGCAGCUUGAUUCACAGAUAAUGUAGAAAGCAGACUUAAUGAUUCCAAGAGGGUUUUAACCCAUUUUAGCCCUGUUUUUCAACAUCCAGAAUGAAAGAGAUAAUCAACUUUAUUACAGUAUUUUUCUUUGACACAAAAGCAGUAAAAGCCCAGCAAGCAUCUAGGUCCGCAUUGCUUUCUGAGGUUCAGCAACCCCACCCGGUGUCCCUUUACAUUUCCUCCUUCAAGCUGUCAGCCUUUGUGGUCAGAGGUGUCAGACACUGGGGCAUGAUGCAGUGUUUGUGCCAGGUAGCAUAGUAAGCAGGGAGCUUAUCGCACCCCUCUGUGCCUCAGCCUUACAAUAUGGCCUGUUCUGCGCUCCCCCAAGGGAGAGUCCUGCUGUCUUACCCUUCUUUCAUUCUACCGCGCCAUCUUAAUCCCUUCCAUGUGUGCUCCUCCUGUAUAUGGCAGAGGGGAUCGAGCCAGUUCUUAACAGUUUGCUCCUCAUGGGGCUUUCCAGAUCUUGCUGUUCACCCUGUAAGUCACGUACGCAGAGAAACGACUGUUUUGUACUUAGGACUGAACGCUUGCCCUUAACUGCCAAGGCCUCAGACUCUGGGUCUGGGCACAUUGUUUCUCUGGAUUGUGUGUUCUCAGAUGGUAAGUGCAUGAGAGUUCUGGAACCAUCUUUGUUGGUGCAAACAAGGGCACAAAGGAGAUUCUUUGUAGGAGUAGGCAGUUAUCAUGCUGUAUGGUCCCACCGUGGUACAGAGUUUUUCCAAAGAAUGCGUUGGUUUAGAGACUGCCAUUGCCAUUGUACACAUUCACAUCCUCUGCCAGACUGCGACAGGCGUCCCCAAAGGCAGAAGCGUAAGGAAACUCCAACACAGUGAGCAUCAUCAAGGAUGAGAGCAGGAUGCUGGAGAACUGACCCGAAAUGUCCAUGGAUGCCAGGACUUUGUCAAGCAGCAGCGGUCACCACACCGUCUACACCAAGGAACCGUCACUUUCCCACAGUAACCGAGUUUCCAUUCUCAUCAACAGUUCACAAGGAUUUCAGUUUUAGAGGAAGGGUCACACCAUUUGACCUAGGUUGACUUGGAAUUUGUGGUGAUUCUCCUGCCUUGGCCUCCCUUUAAGACCGACCGUUGAGCUUGUAGGGCAGGUUGCCUCUAGGGAGAAGUGCCUCUGAUGCGGUUAAUUGUUUAAGGCUGUUUUGUAUUCUAUAACAAAACACCUGAGGGACGUGCUUGAUGAAGACUUAGAUAAAGCACAGCCAUGGCAAUUGGAAAGCAAGGUGCUGGUCUGCAGGGCUUUGCUGAGGGCCCCUAUAGUGGAUGAUGUGAAAACAAACAUAUGUGCAAAAGACGACAUGGCAAGGCAGGAGGCUUGGACAGUGAACCACUCUUAAGCCAUUUGCACAGUGAUAAAUAGGGAUUAGAAAAAGCCAUCCAGUAGCUGCCUCCUGUGAGCUACAGGCAUGAUGGGUGAGCAGCUGAUGGGAUGUGUCCUUGGAAGGCUGACAAGUUUGCCCAGAGUGACUCUUGCUGUCACUUGAUCACUGCCUGUGGACCUGGCUUGCUGUUUGAUGCUGUCAGGGGAAGCUGGAAACGAACCCCACUACCUGGGGUCAGGGCUUCCCCCUUCAGGACUGUUAAUACCCAGUACCUGGAUCCAGCAAAAAGCACUGUAUUCUUGGACAAACGUUCAGCAUAAUUCAGGCAGGGUUCUGGGAGCUGAGGCCCAGCUCUGAGGAACCACAAGAGGGCAAAUGGAAGGCGCACUAUGACUGCUUGUGGUAUAACAGAAAAGGAUAGGGCUGGAGACUGCUUUUAAGGAGAGGACAGGAGGUGCGCUUACACAGAGAGGCCUGGAGGGGGAGUUGCCAAGCAGAUGAUGCAGGUGUAGUCUCCUGGCCUUUGGACAAAAUCGCCUCUAUCUGGAUCAGCUGUGCCUGUUUACAGUUCUGCUCAUUGACUAUUGAUAGCCCCUCCCAGGGGGAGUCUGAGAUUUCAGCUGCUGCCUCAGCCAUUUGUAUGCAGUUCUGCCCUGCCUGCGUGGGAUCUGGGCUCAGACAAUGGUAAUGUAUAUAAGCAAGGGAAGCUUGCUGCCAAGCUAAGCUACAGGGAUGCCACCACCAUCCACACUAGAUGAAGACUUACCAGUGUGUGUUUGAUGUCCUUCCGGGCUUCUAUAAGUAGCCUCUCACGCAGGCUCCAUAAGUAAGCCCAAUAAAUUCAUUGGUCCCC